AUGGGCUGCUCAGGAUCCCUCUUUCCGUACGAGCAAUUCUUCAACGAGGAGAUCCUGAAGAAGAAAAGGGAUCAUUCGUAUCGCGUGUUCAAGAAAGUGCUUCGCAAUGCUUCGGAAUUCCCGUUCGCCAAGGAAUACUCUUGGGGAGAGCGACCCAUCACGGUCUGGUGCUCCAACGACUACAUGGGGAUGUCCAGGCAUCCCAAAGUCAGGCAGGCUGUCAUUGAGGCGCUGGAGGCACACGGGGCCGGGGCUGGCGGGACGAGAAACAUCUCUGGCAACACUGUAUUACACGAAACGCUGGAAAAGGAGUUGGCAUCUCUUCAUCAGAAACCAUCUGGACUUCUCUUUUCGUCUUGUUUCGUCGCCAAUGAUUCCACUCUCUUCACUCUGGCCAGAGCUUUACCAGGGUGUCACGUGUUUUCGGACGCGGGAAACCAUGCAUCGAUGAUACAGGGAAUACGGAACAGUCGUGUUCCAAAGCACGUUUUCCGCCACAACGAUCCUGUUCACCUGGAGGAACUUCUGAACAACGUUGAUCCAGCCUGUCCCAAGAUCGUCGCCUUCGAGACCGUCCAUUCCAUGUCCGGUGCCGUCUGUCCCCUCGAGGAGUUAUGCGAUGUGGCCCAUAAAUACGGGGCUUUGACGUUCGUGGACGAAGUGCAUGCCGUGGGACUGUACGGAGAGAAUGGAGCCGGAGUUGGAGAACGAGACGGAGUCCUCCAUAAAAUGGACAUCAUUUCUGGCACUCUCGGAAAGGCAUUUGGGAACAUGGGAGGGUACAUCGUCGGUUCGUCGAACCUCGUGGACAUGAUCCGGAGUUACGCGGCGGGAUUCAUCUUCACGACGUCCUUACCCCCAACGGUCCUGUCCGGGGCCUUGGCCGCUGUCAGGAUCCUUCGAAGCGACGAGGGAAGGAGCCUCAGGGUCAAGCAUCAAUCGAUCGUCAAGCGUCUGAGGCUGAAACUGAUCCAGAGUGGAAUCCCCGUGGAACUCACCCCAUCUCACAUCAUUCCUGUCUCUGUUGGAGAUCCGAAGAAAUGCAGCGAGGUGUCGGACGAACUACUUCGUUCCUGUGGCCAUUACAUUCAAGCCAUAAAUUACCCCACGGUUCCCCGAGGGAAGGAGAAACUCCGGAUCGCCCCCACUCCUCAUCACACCCCCGAAAUGAUGGAGACAUUCGUCAAGGAUUUCGUCCAAGUUUGGGCGAAAGUCGGUCUUCCUUUCAAUCCGAUAUCUUUCUGAUGCAGCCGUUUGCCACGCUGACGAUGCUUUUCUAAUUUUUCUCGAAUGAAUUUUCCCGGGUGAUGGGUGAUCUUCCUUUUUUUGUCGCACUUUAUCUGGUCAUCUAUGACAGUAUUUUUUUAUACUUUUUUUUGGCUCUUGAUUUUUCUUUACCUG